AUGAUGAGUGCAGCUUCUCGCGGCUUGCGACAUGUGGUGAUGAUUGGCGUGAAAGAGUCCACGAGCACUGAGCAGAUCUUGGCGGUGAAGGAGGGCCUGGCGGCGCUGAAAGACACCUGUGGCAUUUUGGACUUUGAGUUUGGCAUGGACUUGAAGCUGCCAAGCGGGCAAAGCCACCCAGCGGGGAAAAACCGCACAUGCACUUGGUUUGCCGACUUCCCCUCGGUGGAGGCCUACGAGGCUUAUGCAGCGCACCCAGAGCAUGUGAAGGUCAUCAACGACCUCAUAAAACCUAUCAUGGAGCCGGGAACGCGCGCCGCCAUCCAGUAUGAGCGUUGA